AUGGCGUCGACAGACUUACCUGUCGGGGCCUCCACCCUCGAUUUUGAUGUUUCCAUGCUGAAACCUCCCAUCCGUAUCAUUCUACACGUCCUUCCCAAUGUUCAACAGCCCCCAAAGCUUAACGUCCGAGCGAACUGUCUCGCAAUUGCACAAUCCUUCUUUGACCAGACAAAGCCACAACUACUUAGCCGUAAAUCCGCUUACGUCCAUUCACCACUACCUGAGGAGAAGUGGGAAAGUCGCGUGAUUAUCGACGCGUGUACUGGUGAAAUUAUAGAGGGGUCUGUUUCCGAUCAAAUUCCUCUCUCGGUUUUUAUCGUUUCUCAAGGAAAGAAGGGCUGCUGUGAAGAAGAGGGUCAACCUGGCUCGGGACCAAGCGGCAAUACCCCCAUCAGCCUCGUCUCACUGUCCUAUCUUCCUGUGCGUCUCCAAGGUUACCCAAUUCGCGUCGUUUUGGUGGUCCCAGUUGAUGAGACUGUCGGGGAUCUCCGGUCGCGGUGUACAGCCGCAGCGAGGGCCUUCUUGGAGCUCAUGAUGAUGGAUGUGCAGCAAAGGAAAAAGACCUUUUACCUCAUCCGCGGAAUGACCGUCAGUGGGCCGGAUAAAAAGGAGUCUCAGAUGGUGAUUGACUAUUGGAUUGGGCAAUCUAAGGGGACUGAGCAGCCACCACUAUUGACGGUCGCCUAUCAAGGCCAGCUUCAGCCCGAUGGGCAAAUGAAAUUUCAGCCGACGGAGGGAGGCAAAUCAAAAUACCUCGUUUUCCUGAUGAAACAUGUGUUGGCAAAGGAUGCGGUCACCAUAGAGGGAGAGGUAGCGGCAGCAAACCAGACUAGCUUUUCAUCUGCACCUGAAUUCAGCCAGCCACCUGUGUCCCCCCAAGCUGAAAUUGAUGGAUGGUCGGAUAUAAUGGCAUCUGGCGACUGGGUUAUGCCGGAUAAAGCGGCCAACAGUGGCGCGCUGAGUUGGGAGUUUAUUGGCCGCGAAUGA